CCACUCCGCACCACUCCGCUCUUACACGUGCUCUGUCGCCUGUGGAUGGCAAAGACCAAACGCGUAGCACUCCCGCACAACAACGAGCGGCCGGUAACACACCCGUCGACACCCUCAUCCCCCCCUUUUUCUCGCGCCAUGGCAUCUGGAUCGUCUGCAGGCUCUGGACCGAAGAUCGAGAUCCUGCGGAUCCCGCCGUUCUCGUACCUGCAUGUCACCGACUCGAACACCAACGUGACGCGGGUGGUGGAAGGCCCGCAGACCUUUACCUGCAUGGACCACGAGGUUGUAGUACUCGGCCCGGUGCCGAUGGUAGCGCUUCCACCGCGGCACUUUUGCAUCGUGUCGAAUCCGGUUGUCCGCGACGGCGCGAGCGGCGCCGUUGUCUUUGACGGCCACCACCAGGCCAAGCUGCGCCACGGCGACCGCGAGGUCCGGCUGGCGCGCGACUACCCGGACCCAUUUGCGCUGUAUCCGGGCGAGGAGCUGACGCCAAAGACCAUGAUUCCGCUACAGGUUGUGCCCGAGAACACGGCCCUGCGCCUGCGGGCCACGCGCGACUUUACGGACCGCCUCACCGAAGACGCGCCCGUCGCGCGCUGCGCCGGCGAGGAGUGGCUCUUCCGCGGCCAUCGGACCUACUAUCCGCAAGUUGAAGUGGAGAUUCUCGACACGCUCAAGGCUGUUGUCCUCGGGCCCAACCAGGCGCUCCGCCUGCAGGCCCGCAACUCGACGGUCGACUCUACCGGGACCGCUCGCUCUGCCGGCGAGGAGUGGCUUGUCCUCUCCGAGGGCGCGUACUUGCCGGACGUCGAGGAGAUCGUGGUCGGCGUUGUCGACGCCGUCGUCCUUACCAACACCACCGCCUUGCACCUCCGGGCUGAAAACGACUUUACCGACGUCUACGGUGUCGAGCGCAAGACUGGCGACGAGUGGCUGGUGACCAAGGCCAUGCGCGAGAUGCACAUUCCGGGCGUUGCCGAGCACGUCGUGAGCGUCGACGACCUCAUCACCCUCGCCAACGGUGAGUACGCUGUCGUCAACGAUCCCGUCGAUCUCGAGUCUGGCGAGCCCGACAUCGGCGCCCAGCGCCUUGUCCUCGGCCCAACCUCGUUCUUCCUCCAGCCUGGCGAGCGCCUUGAUGACGACGUUGGCAUCGGAACGGCCUGCGUUCUUGGCGAAGAGGAGGCCCUUCUCCUCACCGCCCGCUUCAACUUUACUGACGAUGCCGGCGUUGCCCGCCGUGCCGGCGAUCGCUGGCUCUGGUAUGGCCCGGGCUCGUACGUCCCGCCGCCCGCCGUCCGCAUCCUCGCCCGCAAGCGCGCCCUCGUCCACAUCGAGGGCUGGCUCAACGCCUUUUUCUGGCUCACUACCCACUCGUUUGCCUGACCGCCCGCCCUCCCGCUCAGCCUCCAUCCGGAUUGUGCCGUCGUGCAGGAACUUUCCGAAUUGAAUUCUACCGCGCCCUG